ACGCCGUUAAUAUUGCUUUGCGUUUGACUCCACCUACAUAUACCAUCCUCCUCGAUGUCGACCCACAAGCCCAACGCGAAGCCCAAUCCAUUGACGAGCUUGCUUCAAGCCCGCCAGGGUGCGACGCCCAUACCUCCUGGUAUGCAGGAGAAACUUGCGGCUUUCGCGAAUAAGCGGGGUCCCAUGAGUCCUGUUGACGCCACGGCAGCCGCUUUGCAGCGUGCUCGUAUAGGGACUCCCGAUGCUCCCAGUCUAAGGCCAGCCAACUCUUAUCCGGCACCUCGACCCAAAGCACCAGGCUUGAUGAAUAGACGGAAGCCCAAUUUCACACUCAAAGACAUCGAAGGAGCGGAUGGUGCAUCUGGUGCAGGUUUGGGCGCCGGCCGUCCGCCUUUGCGCAACGACGCAGCCCCUGCAUUCUCCAAUUUUUCAAAGAUUGUCGAUCUUUCUGGUGCUCUUAAUUUCAGUGGGAAAGCAGUUCUUCACGAAGAUGGCGUCAACUUCUCGAACGGCUCAUCGUAUCAGAUAAACAUGUCGCAAUUCGAACUGAACGAGGAAUUGGGGAGAGGGAACUAUGGAACCGUUAAAAGAGUUCAUCAUCGGCCAACAAACGUUUUCAUGGCAAUGAAGGAAAUUCAAUUGGAACUUUCGCCCUCUAAAUUGGAUGGCAUCAUCAUGGAACUGGAUAUCCUCCAUCGUGCUGUUGCGCCAGAAAUUGUCGAGUUCUACGGCGCAUUCACGAUCGAAUCGUGCGUAUACUACUGCAUGGAGUAUAUGGAUGCCGGCAGCUUGGACAAAGUCCUCGGCAUCAGAACCACUGCCCAGGGCGGAGGGUGGACUGGCGAAACAGGUGAAGGUGCACCCGAAGACGUACUUGGGCGGAUUGCAUCUAGCAUGGUUCGCGGCCUCAAGUUCCUGAAGGACAAUCUGCAAAUCAUGCAUCGAGAUGUCAAGCCUACGAAUGUGCUCGUGAACAGAAAGGGCAAAGUCAAGCUAUGCGAUUUCGGUGUCUCGGGGCAACUAGAUAACUCGAUCGCCAAGACAAACAUUGGUUGCCAGACCUACUUUGCACCGGAAAGAAUCCAAGGCACGACAUCCACAGCAGAUGCGCAAGAAGCAUUCAACACUUACACGGUCUCUUCGGACGUUUGGUCGCUUGGACUAUCGAUGAUAGAGAUUGCUCUGGGAAAAUACCCAUAUCCGCCGGAAACAUACAACAACGUCUUCGCACAACUGCAGGCCAUUGUGCACGGCGAACCCCCAGUGUUACCGGAGUGCAAACCGAGUUCGGCGACUGACCCCCUUGAGGUCCAGUUCAGCGAGCAAGCACGCGAUUGGGUCAGGGUGUGUCUCAUCAAGAAUCCAGCUCAUCGAGCCACCUAUGCUGAGCUACUGGAACAUCCCUUCCUUGUGGCAGAUGCCGAACGUGAGGUCAACAUGGCUGCUUGGGUUGCUGGUGCUCUGGGUCGGCGCCAAAUUGCCGCGCAGCUGAGGGAACAAGCCCUCAACGAAUUGAACCAGCCAGUUUCUGUGUAAUUUCUGCGGCCAUAUAAACAGCCCAGCAGCCCGCGACUUGGAUCGCAUGCCCCAUCGGCUCUCCCGGCAACACGGCGUGUGCUGAUCCCAUAUCCAGUUCUCUGUAGUUUACUCGCGGCCAGCGUUGACGGCGACAGGAGAGGGGAUUCUUGUGAUGAGCACGUCCAGGGCGGGACCCUGGUCUGAUCGCAUCCAAACUCGCUUCUCUUCAUGUAUUCCAUUCAUUUGUAUGUAUUACACGCAAUAUCCCACAAUCCUGUAAUGCAAUGUCUGUUUUCACAAUCCUGCUGUCGGCAAACUGCGGCAGAGAUGUUCCAGCCAAAGCAGUGCAAAUAUAUGCGCUCAGCCUUCUCCACUGGACCUAUCAUGCACCGAGUCUCGCGCCUUUUUCUCGCCGUGUUACUGCCAUGGGCGGCCGCCCAGACAUUAACUACGACUGACCUUUUGGGCAAUACCAUUGUCGAGGUUGUUACGCUGGAUCCGCUCGGGGCUCCCACAACAACGAUUCUCUCGACAAUUACACCAACGCCAUUCACAUCCACCAUCACGACCACAAAUCGUGCGGGAAACACUCUUGUCGAAGUCAUCUCCGGGGAUGGACAAGGGCUCUUGGCGACCCAAACGAUCCAAACCAUCCUCGCUGCGGCCGGUGGUGCAUUCACAUCGACUGUGACGACGACUGAUCCAGCUGGAGAGACGCUUGUUGAAGUAGUUGUCGCUGACGGAUCGGGGAACACCGCGACUCAAACGAUUCAGACAAUAGCUGCAGCUGGCCCCGGUCCGGUACAACAACCAGGGACGACUGAUGUUGCGCAGGAAGGUCGACCUACUCCGUACACCUAUACCACGACGAAUGCUAACGGUGUGACCUACCAUACCGUUGGGACGUUCACGCCCUCCGUCGCCACGGCGGUCCCUGUGUCUGCGACGUUCCAGGCAACACAGAUGGACUACUCUUUCUAUACGGCCAAUUAUGCCACCAGUACAGCCCCCUCUGUUGUUGGCAACGAGGGUUCCCGUCCCGUCGCGUCUUUUGCAGUCGUUUCCCUCGCAGCUCUCGCUGCAUGUUUCCUUCUUUCAUGAUUUAGACGACACGGGCGUUUACGAGCGUUGUACACACGGACAUCGGACAUACUUAUUACAAUCCUCUUGUUAUCGGCCCCAUCUACCACAGCAUACCAGGCAAGAAUUAAUGAUCACUAUCUCAGAUGGUCAAGCACCCUCGCCUCGCCUAAGACGGUUGAAUUUCGGCAGCAUCUCACGCAGGUACUCGGCAUGCUUCCUGCGUAGAUCGGCCUCUUGAACUUUACCCCUGCCACUCCAUAUCCGGCGUUCCGCAGCUGGGCCAUAGAUCACCGUGUAAUCCUCCAGAACUUGGUCUUCCGAUGGAACAACCAAACAUGCCGCGCCGAUGACGCAGUAAGAGGCGACUCGGACAGUGUGGUGUACACGAGCUCGCGUCGAGAAUGUGUUGAAAUUACCAAUGGUGGGCGAUUCCACGCCUACAAUAAGGUGAGAGGCGCGAAGACGCGACGCCUUUGCAACGUACGACAAGAUAUCUCAAACAAGUUGUCGUCGCCGAUGCGCAUAACGUCUUUCCGUCUGGGGACUCGUCAGACGAGGUUGCACUCAUAACUGAUUCCCAACAUACCUGUUCACGAUGAUGGCUCCUUCUUCGAUUAUACAAUUCGAGCCAAUGAUGAUGGGCGCGGCAAUGGCGAAUAUGGUGGCUUUGGGAUGCACUAUGGUCCCUGCAGCCUGUCGAGUCGAGAAACGCGAUGCGCGACGCAUGACUGACCUGAGCCGAUGGUGAUAUCGCCUUUCAGUUCCACAUCCUGGCACACGACAGCCUUCGAGUGAAUGGUGAAUUUGUCGCGUCUACAAUACGGAUCCGAUGCGCGUCAGUUGGUAUGCAACCCAUUGAAGGAGAAGUAGGUGACAUUGGAGCCAUCGAGAAAGCAGGAGACAACGAGCCACGGCAGUAAGCGAAAUAAGCGUUCACGUCAAAGUUCGGGCCGUAUUGUAGAUGCCGUCUUCACCAUCGAGGCAGCGAUCGCCUAGCAGUGGUGUACAAAUGCGAUGCAGGCGAGCAGCCUAGUCAAGUCGAGUGCAGGUCAAGAGUCAGGGCAGGCUGACUCGGCUGCUUACUCGUGACUCAUUUGUCAAGUUCACGUCUACCUCUUAACCCGAGUGUUAACCCUUCGCUUUCGUCCCCAUCUCUAGACAUUGGUUCACUUAGGGGCCCUCGCGCACGAUGUCUUUCGCUCCGCACGACAUCUCCGCUCCUUUCGACUUCCCGAAGGAGGAGGAAAAAGUGAUCGCAUUCUGGGAGGAAAUCGACGCGUUUCAAACCAGUCUCAAAUUAUCCGAGGGACGCCCCGAGUACUCUUUCUACGACGGACCUCCAUUCGCGACUGGAUUGCCUCAUUACGGACAUCUGCUAGCGGGCACUAUCAAGGACAUCGUCACCCGGCAUGCGCAUGUGAGCGGCCACCAUGUUACUCGGCGCUUUGGAUGGGACACACACGGCCUUCCUGUCGAGCACGAGAUCGACAAAAAAUUCAACAUCACGGGCAAAGCGGAUGUUAUGAAGAUGGGAAUCGAUCGGUAUAACGCGGAAUGCCGGAGCAUUGUCAUGAGGUACUCUUCGGAGUGGCGUAAAACGGUCGUGCGCAUGGGCCGAUGGAUUGAUUUCGACAACGACUACAAAACGCUAAAUACUUCGUUCAUGGAAUCGGUCUGGUGGGCUUUCAGUGAGCUGUUCAAGAAGGGGCUGGUCUACCGCGGUCUGCGGGUCUUGCCAUACUCGACGGGUUUGACAACGCCAGUUUCCAACUUUGAAGCCAACCUGGACUUCCGGGAUGUGAGCGACCCGGCAGUCACUGUCGCUUUCCCCCUCGUCGACGAUCCUCACACCUCUCUUUUGGCUUGGACCACCACGCCAUGGACGUUGCCAUCAAAUCUCGCAUUAUGUGUUCAUCCUGAAUUCACAUAUAUCAAGAUCCAUGACCAGGAGAAGGAUCAAAACUUCAUUCUGCACGAGAAUCUUCUCAAGACGCUGUACAAAGACCCGAAAAAAGCCAAGUUCAAGAAAUUGGGGCAAUUCCUUGGUUCUGAUAUGAAGGGUUGGCGUUACGUGCCGUUGUUCGAGUACUUCACUGAAAGAUUUGAGGACAAAGCAUUCCGGGUUGUUGUCGACACCUACGUUACAGAUUCGGAUGGUACCGGCAUCGUGCACCAGGCUCCUGCAUUCGGAGAAGACGAUUACCGGAUUGCACUGGCGAACGGAAUCAUCAGCGAAGAUGACAUGCCGCCUUGCCCGAUCGAUGAUGCGGGACGGUUCACCAGCGAGAUCCCCGACUUCGAGGGCCUGAAUGUCAAAGCGGCUGAUAGUCCGAUCCAGAAAGUGCUGAAGAACAAGGGCCGGCUGAUUGUUCAGUCGACCAUCAUGCACUCUUAUCCCUUCUGCUGGAGAUCCAAGACACCGCUGAUCUACCGCGCCAUUCCUGGCUGGUUCGUCCGAGUUGCGCCGAUCACAGAGGAGCUGGUUGCCAACAACAAGCAAACACGAUGGGUUCCUCAACACGUCGGAGACAAUCGGUUUGGUAACUGGCUAGCGAAUGCUCGUGAUUGGAAUAUCUCCCGCAAUCGAUACUGGGGUACGCCCUUGCCGCUGUGGGGUAACGAGGAUUUGUCAGAGAUCGUAUGCAUUGGCUCAGUUGCGGAGCUUGAGGAACUAUCGGGCGUCAAGGGCAUCACCGACCUGCACCGAGAUAGCAUCGAUCACCUGACUAUCCCCUCGUCCUCUGGCAACGGCGUGCUCAAACGCGUGGAGGAAGUCUUCGACUGCUGGUUCGAGUCAGGAAGCAUGCCUUACGCGCAGAUGCACUAUCCCUUUGAAAACAAGGAGUUGUUCGACAAGACUUUCCCGGGCGACUUUGUUUGUGAGGGCAUAGACCAGACACGUGGCUGGUUCUAUACUCUGCUUGUGCUCUCGACACAUCUUUUUGGCAAGGCCCCGUGGCAGAAUCUGAUUGUGACGGGACUGGUGUUGGCCGCGGAUGGCAAGAAGAUGAGCAAGAGUCUGAAGAACUACCCCGAUCCUACGGUUGUCAUUGACAAGUACGGUGCGGAUGCGACCCGGAUGUACCUCGUCAAUUCGCCGAUCGUCCGUGGCGACAAUCUCCGCUUCAGGGAGGAGGGUGUUCGAGAGGUGAUCUCGCGGGUGCUACUUCCGUGGCUUAAUUCCUUCCGCUUCUUCCUGGGUCAAGCUGCGCUGUUCAAGAAGACCACGGGCGAAAACUUCCAGUUCAACGCGCACGCCUCCGUUCCGAACAACGUCAUGGACCGGUGGAUCCUUGCGCGGUGCCAGUCGCUCAUCCUGCUUGUUCGACAAGAAAUGGCUGCCUACCGGCUGUACACGAUUGUGCCGCGUCUGCUCGACUUGGUCGACGAACUGACGAACUGGUACAUCCGCUUCAACCGCAGACGUCUCAAAGGAGAAGAUGGCAAAGAGGACACGCGCACGGCCCUUAACACUCUUUUCGAGGCGCUGUUCACCCUCUGUCGAACGAUGUCUUCUUACACACCGUUCAUGACCGAGAACCUCUAUCAAACACUAAAGACGUUCAUCCCCGAGAAUCCCAGUGCUGGAGAUGUCCGCUCGAUCCACUUCUUGCUUUUCCCCGAGGUGAAGCAGGAGUACUUUGACUCUGACAUCGAGCGACAAGUCCAGCGGAUGCAGGCUGUCAUUGACCUGACAAGAAACAUCCGUGAAACAAACAAUAUCUCUCUCAAGACACCUCUUAAGGAGCUGCUCGUAUUCAACGCUGACCCGCAGUACAUUGAAGACGUCCGACCUCUGCAAAAGUACAUCGAGUCGGAGCUCAACGUCCGCGACGUCGUUUUCAGCUCAGACGAAGUCGCUUCCGGUGUGCGCUACAAGGCAGCAGCUGACUGGACUGUCCUCGGCCGGAAGCUCCGCAAGGACAUCAACCGUGUCAAGAAAGCUCUCCCGGACGUCACGAGCUCCGCCGUCAAGGCCUUCAUCGACACCGGCAAGAUCAGCGUGGACGGCAUCGAGCUCGUCGCUGGCGAUCUCACGGUUUCGCGCUACCUGGACAUUCCAGUCGAGGCCGAAAAGCGGUUUGCGACCAACACGGACAACGAUGUGGUGGUUCGCUUGGACAUCCAGGUCCAUCCUGAGUUGAUGGGCGAAUGGCUCGCCCGGGAACUGACGAAUCGGGUGCAAAAGCUGCGCAAAAAGGCGGGGCUCCAGGCCACCGACGACGUGCUGGUGUUCUAUCAGUUCGAGUCCGGGUCCGGGGCAGACCUCCUCUCUGCCAUUGACCAGCACUCCGAACUCAUCCGGAAGACCAUCGGCGGACUACCUGCUGAUUCGAGCCAGCGCAAACCUGGUUCAGUUGCACUGGUUGAAGAAGAACAAGAAGUGGCAGAAACCAAGUUUAUGUUGUACCUUGUAAAACCAUAG